AUGCCUACUCACUGGACUCUGUCAGAGGUCCUGGGUCAGCGGAGGUUGUUGGGACUCGGAGCUCUGCUGGCCUGGCUCAUCCUCUUCCACCUCCUGGUGAAUGUCUGGCUACUCUGCGUCUUCACCAGCCUCCUGGUGGUUCUCGGGGGUUGGUUGGGGUCCCGUGCUGUCCUGGAUGCAAACAGCCUUCUCCACCUGGAACACUUUCUGCCUCUCGGCAAAGUGAGCCCACCUCUGUAUUCACCUGAACAUGAGUGGAGGUUGAACCACGAGAUCCACAGUGCCGUCCACAAAGCUGUGCGCGACUUUGUGUCGUCCUGGUAUCGAACUCUGCUGCCAGAGGUGGAGGGGGAGUUUGAACGUGCGGUGCGUAAUUCCAUGCUGGAGUCAGUAAUGGAGCUAAAGGAGCGUGCAAGGCGCCUGGACAGAAAAGCGCUUGUUCAACGGCUGCUUGAGCUGUACGGCUGUCACCUGCAGAGCUACAUGACAGCAAUACAGAUACAGUCGACUGAAAAAGAGAGAAUCAGCCUAUGGCAGCUCUACAGCGAGGUAGACUCCCCUCACCCGGCUGUGAGCCGCGCAGCCGCUGAGCUCAGCUACGCCAGAGCUCUAGUAAACCUCGUCCUACAUGUGCUAGUUCCAUACCCACAGAUGGAAACAAGAACUGGAGGUUACGUAGUUACUGAACUCAUCACCUGCAAUGUGCUGCUGCCUCUCAUAAGCAGGGUGUCUGAUCCUGACUGGCUCAAUCAGACUAUUGUGGACAUAAUCGCCAGGUCCAGAGAACCAAUCAAUCAAUCAAUCAACGUGGAUGAGCUCCCUGCACACGCUCUCUACAGAUGUCCGAUCCAGCAGGAGUCCUGGACAACGUGCAGGUCAGAUUCUUCUUCUGAUCAAGCGGGCAGAAGCUCCUCAGAGUGUGAGGAUGUACAGAGUCUGAGGGAUUCGUCACAGGGCAGCAUGGUCAGCCUGUUGUCUGCUGGGAGACUAGAAGGUUGCCAUGCAGGUUUACUCACACCGUGCAAAGUAAGCUGCUGUUCUCUCUCAUCUGGGCAUUACUGCCGCUCAUCAGACUCCAAAUUGAUUGGUUUAGACUCCCUGAUUCAUUCGGACUCUGACGAUGAUCUCCCUGGAGGCUUUUGUGACUGUGGUCCUCCAAAGAAUUUCUGCCCUCUGAAGGAUGACGAAGACUUUGGCUGCUUCGCUCCUCUGUUAAAUCGCGGGUCAAAGGUGGUGGUGCCUGAGGAAUCCCAGUGGCCGGCUGGCAUAGCCCAGGAGAAAUCCCCAGUUAGUCCUCCAAGAAGAUUUUGUCUAAGCCCCUGCAAUUUUGAUCCCCAAAACAACCAGGCUUCAGCGGUGAACAUCCAGAACGUGCAGAUUUCUGGUACCGUCAACGCAAUGGAGCAGCGCGGCACUGGCAUUUAUCCCUACACUCUCUACACUGUAAAGUUUGAGACUUUUACCGAAGCAGAGACACAUGGUGCUCAGCAGCUCGCUGCCUGUCACACUGUCAACAGGAGAUACAGCGAGUUCCUCAACUUACAGACACGUUUAGAGGAGAAGCCCGAAGUCAAGAAGUUAAUCAAGA